UGCUGCGAGUGAAACAAAAAUAAUGUAAACAAAUCAUUCAAACCCCUAGUCUACUGUAAAUAGUUACAUUAUUGUUUAAUUUGUUUAUAUUUUUAGAUGUAUAAGUCACAGUUUGUCUUUUAGCAUUAUGUACUUUUAACGGUUGUUGAAACGAAUAGCCGUUGACACGUCGCUGACGCGUCAGAUUCUCCGUUUGAAAAUGGUAUAUUAUAUUCCCUGGAUCUACACACCAGUGCGGACUGUCCUUGCAAUCUGGCACCAGCUGACCAAGACCGAGAUCCCGGAGUUGGCCAAGUGCUCAGUGCUGAUGAGGGAGCGCAGCCGAGUGGAGGAGACGAUCCACGCCAUGCAGCGAGCAGGUGCCGGCAACCUGCAGGUAAUCUCAGACUUCGAUAUGACACUGACCAAAUUCGCCCACAACGGCAAGAGAGUGCCCACCACGCACAAUAUCCUUGACACCCGGUUGUUGAUCAAUGAAGACUGUACUAAAAAGAUGAGGGAGUUGUUGAACACCUACUAUCCCAUAGAGAUUGACCCUGGCAGGAGUGCUGAAGAGAAGCUGCCUCUCAUGGUGGAAUGGUGGACUAAAGUCCACGAGUUGCUGAUUCAGCAGAGGAUCAGGAAGGACAGGCUGGCCCAGGCUGUCAAGGAGUCCAGUGCUAUGCUCAGGGACGGCUACAAAGUGUUUUUUGACCAUCUGGAGGAGCAACAGGUGCCUCUGUUGAUCUUCUCGGCUGGUGUUGGAGACGUCCUGGAGGAGGUGAUUCAGCAGAAUAACGUCUUCCAUCCCAACGUCCACAUAAUCUCAAACUACAUGGACUUUGACCAGACUGGGGUCCUUCGAGCCUUCAAAGGCCAGCUGAUCCACACCUUCAACAAGAGGGAAGGUGCUCUGACACAUGCAGCUGGCCUCAGAGAGCUGCAGGGUCGACCCAACGUGCUGCUGCUGGGGGACUCUUUAGGAGACCUGACCAUGGCCGACGGGGUGCCCGAGCACCAGAACAUCCUCACCAUCGGCUUCCUCAACGACCAGGUUGAAGAGAGAAAGGAGUUGUACAUCAACUCCUUUGACAUCGUACUGGUCAAAGACGAGACGAUGGACGUUCCGAACGCCGUCCUCAGAUACAUUACCUCAUCAAGAGACAACAAGUAAGAUGCACAAGGAGGAGCCGCACACUUUAUGAGCACAUACACACAGAUGGGCUUGUUCACUCCGUUCACCACUUACCUCAGACCAGACCUUGACUGGACUUCUACACAGCCGCAUCCACUGGCCUCUUUACUCUGAAGUCUUUUUAUUUUUACACUCUGUGUUCUGACCUGUAUUUGCUGUAUAUCAAAGGUUUAAAAGAUCUAAAUUAGGUCAUGCAUUUGCAAUUCAGAAGAAUUUGUGAUUUAUGCCAGAAACUUAACAGACUAUUUAAGGGCUGGGCUUUGAGUAAAACUCUGUUCUCCCUGCUGUUUAAUUAACCGUAGCACAAGAAUAACAAUGUUCCACCUCAACAGAACUCAGUUAAGUGAGAAUUUAUAUUGUCUUGUUUAAAAUGCAUAAAGUAUACAUCAGCAGCACUCCCUCUGAAAACAAAUCAGCAACCUCUUGAAAGUGUCAGUACAAACUAUGACAAAGUGUAUUUGUAAUUUUGUCCUCUUCACCUUUUUAGAACAAAAAUUUUUCACAUUUUUGUAUUUUUACUUGCAAAAUGUUACAUUAUUUACAGUAUGAGGAUGGGCUGCUUAAACAUGAACAUUGUGUAUGAGAGCGAAGAUUUGUAAAUGUCUCUUUAUCUGCGGUCUUCUACUUUGUAUUGACACUGGUGUGCUUCGUGUGUACUGUAUAUUACCUCUGUGUACGCUGCCAGUACUUGAUGCUCAUGUUGAGUUUACUUGCAGGGUACAGUUUACGGUCUUUAAGCUGUUAAAGCUGCUGUUAACUGAGUUAUUUUAACCUUUUUUUUUUUUUUAACCUGUAACAGUGAAGACAAACAUGUUAUGGCAGUAUUCCCAAGAAGGGAAUAUACAAUCUGGAAUGAGUAUUUUGUCUUUCAAAUGAAACACUGUGGCUGCUAUAAAUUAGGAUUUAACAAUAAGCUAGUUACACUUAUAUAUAGGUGUGUUAGAAGAAAAGAAGUGGCCUAAUUUAGAUUUUACUAACUAACUUGUAAUGUGUAGUCCACAUUUGUUAAAAUGGUAUUUUAUUUAUCAUACGUUGGGAUUUUUUCCCAGUAAAAUGCAAGAAGUUUCAGGAAAAUAAUGACGAAUUCCUUUACUAAUGUUAAUACCUUUUAAGUCUUGUUAAGUUAAAUGGGAUUUUAAAAAAUGUGAAGUAUCCCUUUAAUCAAUAACAGUAAGUGGUCACUAGAUUGACAGAUGGCCACCAAUCAUGUUAUAGCUUUUAAAUUCUAUUAGAGAUGCAUCAAUAUUAAUAAUACCUAUAUUCUCAUUUUUUAUAAGUUGAUACCAGUAUGCAAUAGUUUUCCCACAAUAUCAGCUGAAACCAAUGCAUAUUUUUAGUUAUUAGACAUGCAAGUGUACAAUAUGUUGAUUUUAAGUAACUGUUUUUUAAAAUGACUAAUACUUUUACUCUGUUACUAAUUUGACCCUAAAUGACACAUCAUGCAUCAUUUAAAAUGCUGCUGCUGAAAAACCAUUUAUUUCCAAUGAUGCAAUCGCCACUAAGCUUUGUGUUUUUUUAAAGCUUUUUAAAAGUUAUUUUAUUAAAGAACAUCUGGUGCAGCAACA